AUGGCCAGAGAAGCCAUGGUCGCGGCCUCCACGCUGUCUUUGAAAGACGCUCAGCGAUGUUUCGACAAGGAGCGGCAAUCCUUCCUGCGCGACCUGGAGACGUUGCGCCAGCAGUUGGUCAAGAAGGACCAGAGUGCUGCUCGUGCGGCGGCAUCAGCGAGUACGCACACGAUUCAGCUCAAGCGCGAGAUCGCUACUCUACAAACAGCAGUGGAAGCUGUAGAAGCAGAACGCGAUAAAUGUCAAGAGCACUUCGCACAUACAAGCUCGUUACUAGAGACAGCACUAGACCAACGACAAGAGGAUCAAGCCAAAGUUUUCCGCCUUAACGAGACACUACGGACAUUAGAGAAGAAACACGAGGAAACAGUAGAAUUGGUCAAGAAAGAGGCAACAUCUAACGUGCGAGCAACUCAAGAAGAACGUCAAGCCUUACGUGCUAGAGUUGAGCACCUGAGAGGAAAGUUAGAGACCGAGCGAAAGGAAUGGGAAAAUGCUCACCGUCCAGUGGCGAAUGAGCUGCAAAAAUGCAAAACGAGGUUACAGCUGGUCGACAAGGAACUGCAAGAUGCUCGCUACCGAGAGCGCUCGAGUUUUCAGUUAAAGGAGAAAAUGAGUGCUGAGGUUACUUUGUACAAGCGGAAAGUAGCUGAUUUGGGGACAGCGUUGCAGGAGGCUUUGCACGCGAAGAGUGAGCUAAAGGCGGAACACACAUUACUGGUGCGGCAUAUGAAGGACAAGUGGCGAGAGGUGUUGCGAAAUCAUCAGCACUCGAAAGAGCAGCUGAUGAUGUUGCAGGAAGAUUACAAUGGUUUAUUCCGGUCACGCACGAGUAUUGAACGACAAAAUGAGCAGCUUUAUCAGACCAUGAGGCAAUUGAAAGCGCGGCACGAACAAAUAAUGAAGGAGAAAGAAGAAGAGUGCUGGGAAAUUGAGAAGAAAAAGAAGAAGAUGAGCGUCACGUGCCCGCAAUGUUUAAAGACUUUCGAGCAAAAACAACUGGAUGAGAACAUCAAGUUGGAUGCAGUUCGGGAACAAACACGACUCGAAGUUACCAAGAAUCUGGAGCUUGAGCGCUGGGAUCGCUUUCAGGAAGUGAACAGCAAAUAUUUAGAGACAAACAAACAAUUGCAGACUGCUAUCGAGGAGUGCGAGCUGUUACGCGGUAAAUGUAAGACAGUUACUGCUCAGCAUCAAGGUCUUCAAGGAAAGGAGCAAAAGUUACUGAGCAUGCUGAAGGAAGCUCAAGAUAAGGUGCAAGACAUGAGUGCAAAGCGAGAAGAAGAGACUCAGCAGAUGGAAGGGACGAAGAAAACGAUGCAGGACUUGGUUGAGAACUUGACAAACUUGACCGCAGUCACAGCAGACCAAAGCAAGAAACUUCAGGAACUUGAAGCUGCUCGGUUGCAAGAGGAACAAAUUCGUAACCUUGAAGCCGAUAAAAAGUCUAUUGCACAAGAUCACGAGCAGCUCACCCAUCGAUAUGAAGAGUUUGUCGCGCAGUAUGAGAUACUAAAGCAAGAAAAGUCAAAGCACUGGAACGAGAUUGUACAAGCGCAAUUAAGUGCCAACCUGUUGAUUGAGGUACGCAUUUAUGGCUACAAAAGAAGAGGUUGA